GAGCUGUAAAACAAGUCUGACCUCAGUGGUUUUUUGGAAGAGAACCAUGUGUGGUUUUCUCUUGGCUUUUCUGUGCAAUCCCUCAUUCUCCUUUCCUUUGCCAGGAAAUCCCUUCUCCUGCCAACAGGAGCCAGUGGAAUGUGCUGUUUGUUUACCUUCUCACUCCUUCAUCCUACUAACCUUACCACCUCCCAAUUGUAAUCCUAACAGGCUUGGCUCAGCCCUUCGUUCUUCUGACAGAGCACUACUCAGUUGAGUAUUUUCAGAUAAAAGGAUUGCUUCAAUACACCGUUCUGACCAUGCUCUGCUUAGUAGGGGUGAGGCUGUGGCGUUCUGCAAGGCUGAGGCUGUCCUCUUGCCUGUCUGUCUGUGCCCUGGCUAGCAGCUGCUUCGUUCAGUGUUGCUGUGUGUCAUUAUGAUGUGCUACAGGACAGCAGGAAAGAGCACCCUUCCCAAGCUUUUCCCUUUUCCAGCAUUCCCCUGUGUGGUUUUGCCUUUUUGGAGUAAUAAACUAGGAGUACUUUCUUCUCAUGGAUUCCCUACUGCAUGAACUGAAGGAAAGCUUCCAGUUAUUCCCUCCCAGCAAUACUGGUACUUUCUAGCCUGACCUGCUGUUGCUAUUCCAGACGGCUUAACUCCACUCUUCUGCCCCCUUUCAACAGUUGGCUCUGUAAAAACAUCUGCAAGGCAUUUAUUAUUUUUAAAGCCAUCUGAAAUUCCUGGAUGAAGAUGUUUGUACUGCUUAGAACAAAAAAACCCCCACGUGCUUAGAGUAGUUGAUGAGCUUGCUAAAGGUAGAAGUGUGUUUUCUGGACUUACAAUGUGCUGCCAUCCCUGGUUAGAGAAGCCCUUAAAACUCACUGUUUCCCCAGGGUUUUAUAAUAAUCCAAGUGAGGAAAUCCUGCGUUUACAGCAUUUAUGCAAAUUGCCAUUUUGAGACUGUCCCCUCUUUGAUCUAUUCACAUACUUUGUCUUAUCUGACUUUAGCUGAUUGGCAAGGAUUAUAAAUCCCUUAAGCAGGGACUGUGCUCCCAUUUGUUUUGCAGCCUGGACACUGUCGGAGCUUUCCUGGGGAGCUACAUGAAUAGAUUGAAUUUUAUGCUGUCCUGCUGGAAGACUUUAUAACAGAACAGCCUGCCCGCCGGAGUUGUUGCUGGAGACUGUUCUGGAGCACAUCUGAUUGCUGCUGCCCCGAGGCCCCAGCCAGCCAGCCACCAUGUACUGCCUUCAGUGGCUGCUCCCUGUCCUGCUCAUACCCAAGCCCCUCAACCCAGCAUUGUGGUUCAGUCACUCAAUGUUCAUGGGCUUCUACCUGCUCAGUUUCCUCCUGGAACGGAAACCUUGCACGAUUUGUGCCUUGGUCUUCCUGGCAGCUCUAUUCCUCAUCUGCUACAGCUGCUGGGGGAACUGCUUCUUGUAUCACUGCACAGGAUCCCAGCUGCCAGAAUCGGCUCACGAUCCCAGCGUAGUGGGCACCUAAAACCCAAUAAUCUUCCAGUCUGCUGAGGGCUCUUGUUUUGCUUUUAAAAAGGGGGUGGGCUAGGGAGGAGGGAGGGGGUGUUAGGCAUGUGACUGGAGUAAAAACAGCCUGUUUCCUGUAACUGUGUGUGGACUAGAGUGGUAAAUUCCUCCCACUCUGCCUGUGAAAUUCGACUUGUUUACUGUGUGAACUCUGGCAGCACCACCUGCUUUUUUCGAAGCAGAAAUCUUUUUUCCUUCCCAUAUCAUUGGGAAUGGACACUAGCCCUCCUGAGAACCGGUGGAAGACCGUGCUGCUGGCCUCUGCCUGGGUGCUGUGCGGCAGUGGAGUUGUGUGUCACUUGUCUGCAUUAGGCCAGUGGUCUAACUCGGGACUCGUGGCCCACUGAUUCUACUCAAGUAGCUACAAGAUUCUCUUCAUCUUCCUCUUCGUGGGGAGCCAGCCUUCCCACCUUGCUGAUCAAGGGCAAGCUCAAGAGCUCACAGAUGCACUUGGCCAAAAGCUGCUGGAGCCAGAGGCAGUUGAGUCAUCUCCUCCUGCUCAGCCUGCCAAAGAGAUGCAUGCACUGCCGAAGUGCUUUCUGAACUCCUUAUGCUCCGAGAUCAUAGCCUGAAAGCCUCAGUUAUGCUGCUGCUUUUAUAAAGCCUCACAGGUAGUGGAGACUCUCUUCCCGUCCUCAUAGAUUUCCAGGGUUUACCAAGGUAUUGACUGUUGGGAUAAAGAACCAGUAUGCUGCAAGAUGUGGGGUUUUGAAAGCUGCUGUGAACCUCACCCUAUAAAACUCAUGCUAGCCCAAAAAGCCAGCAGUGGGCAGGGCAGGAGAGGUGGAGGUAUGGCUUGAAGCAGUAAAUGCUUCAGCUGUUUUUAGUGAUGGUGUUUUGGGGCCAGGGGUGACAGAAGGUGCUCGUGCUACUGACUAGAGAAGGCAGGAGGUGAGAGGAGUGCCUGGUGUCUCCAUCUCCCCUGGCAGAAGGAUGUCGAGAAGCCAGGGGUGUGUGUGGGGGGGUGUGUGUGUGUCAGUCCUGCACACCACAGCUGUGCAGAGCUCCACACUGCAUACAUUACUGUGCAGCCAUGGCUCUUGGGGAGCCCAACCUGGGGCAGAGGUUUGUGGGAAACCUUAGAAGUUAACACAACAUACUGUCUCUAAACUUUAAAGGGUUCCCUCCCCUUUGCCGUCUUCAGUCAGGUAGUGGAGAGCAGUAGAAGUGGCUGUUGCAGUCCCCAAGAAGCUCAAGCUAUGAGGUUGUGAAACUUCCAGAGUAUUGUUUGUUCAUUGCACAGCUGUUCAAAAUGUUUAAUAAAGCUUUAUAAACUUUGGUCUGUGGCCUCCUGCCCAGCA